GCCAGUCCGCAAACUAUGACACAAAUAGGAAUACGCUGGAAAACAAAACAAAACAAAACAAAAACGCAAAAAAGAGGCGGUCUCACCCUUGCAGUACCGGGCGACGGCUGCGGGCGCCGCUGUUCACCACGCAGGAGAGGAAGGAGCGGAGCGCUGUAGCCAGCCCCGCCCGCUGCGGCCCGGCUCGCUCGGUCGUUCGCUCGCUGUCUCAGCGGCCGGGCGGGCUGCGAGCAGCCCCGCGGUACGGAGUCGUGCUGCAACGAGGCGGAGGAGCCAGCGAGAGGGGGAGGCGGAGGAGCGGGAAGCAGGGGAAGGGAACUAAAGCGGGAGCAACAGUCUGAGUUCGGAGCCGGAGGCGAAGAGUCGGAGCUGCGGCGGGAAGCUAUCUGCGGGCGUCCAGUUGCGGCGGGGACGUGGCGGAGAUGGGCGCAGCGAGAAAAGGGCUGCUGGGGCCGGAGGCAGCGAGCGCUGCUGUGCUGCGUGUUGGUGGCGACGUGGGAGGCGGUGGGGCAGCUGCGUUACUCGGUGCCCGAGGAGCUGCCUAAGGGCUCUUUCGUGGGCGACGUGGCCAAGGACCUGGCGCUGCAGCCGGCGAAGCUCCGCGACCGCGGCGCCCGCAUCCUGGACCGAGGUAGGACGCGGUAUUUCGCUCUGCAUGCGAACAGCGGCCACCUGGUGACGGCAGAGAGGCUAGAUAGAGAGCAGCUGUGCCGGCUAGUGGAGCGAUGCGUGCUGCACUGCGAGGUGAUCGUGGAGGGCGAGAUGAAAGUUUACAGGAUCGAAGUGGAAAUCACGGACAUUAACGACAACGCCCCCAGCUUCCGCAACGCAGAAAAUGAACUGACAGUGAACGAGAUGGCAGCACCCGGGUCCCACUUUCCCUUGUCUAAAGCUCGUGACCCAGACGUGGGAGUGAAUUCCCUGCAGAGCUACGAGCUGAGCGGCGACGAGCACUUUUCGCUGUCCGUGCAGGCGGGAGCCGACGGCGAGAAGCGUCCCGAGCUGGUGCUGGCCAAGGCGCUGGACCGGGAGGAGGCGGCGUUUCACGAGCUUGUGCUGAGGGCGAUCGACGGCGGCGAGCCGGCACGGACGGGCACGGCGCGCAUCCGCGUGUCUGUGCUGGACGCCAACGACAACGCGCCCGUGUUCAGCCAGGCGGUAUACGCGGUGCACGUCCCCGAGGACGUGCCCGUGGGCUCCACGCUCGUUACUCUCACGGCCACCGACGUGGACGAGGGAAUCAACGGCGAUGUGAAAUACUCGCUUAAGACAGCGACGGACGUAGCAUCGGAAACCUUCCACCUGGAUCACGAGACAGGAUCGAUCAUGCUGGUGAGGAGCCUGGACUUCGAGGAAGACGAUUCCUAUCAUCUGGAGGCGCAGGCACAAGACGGCGGUGGCCUUUUCGACACGGCUACGGUCUCGAUCUCGGUGACCGACGUGAACGACAACGCGCCCGAGCUGACUGUGUCGUCGGCGCUGAGCGAGAUCUCGGAGGACGCGCCGCCGGGGACGGUGGUGGCCCUGCUGCACGUGCAGGACCGCGACUCGGGCGCCAACGGCGAGGUGCGGUGCUCGCUGGUCGGCGACGUGCCGUUCCGUCUGCGGAGUUCGGUGGGCAGCUACUACAGCGUGGUGACGGCGCGGGAGCUGGACCGGGAGGAGGUGUCGGAGUACAACGUGACGGUGUGGGCGUCGGACGGCGGGUCGCCGUCGCUGCGGAGCAGCGCGGUGCUGGUGCUGCGCGUGCUGGACGUGAACGACAACGCGCCGGUGUUCGCGGAGGCGCGCUACAGCGCCCGUCUGCCCGAGAACAACGCCGAGGGCGCGCUGGUGCUGACGGUGCAGGCGUGGGACGCGGACUGGGGGCAGAACGCGCGCGUGCGCUACCGGCUGGCGGAGGGGCGCGUGCGGGGCGCGCCGCUGUCGUCCUACGUGUCGGUGCAGGCGGAGACGGGCGCGCUGUACGCGCUGCGCUCGUUCGACUACGAGGAGGUGCGCGAGGUGGGGCUGUGGGUGCGGGCGGAGGACGGCGGCGCGCCGGCGCUGAGCAGCAACGUGUCGGUGCGGCUGCUGAUCGUGGACGAGAACGACAACGCGCCGCAGGUGCUGUACCCGCCGUCGUCGUCGUCGGCGGCGGCGGCGGCGGGCUGGACGGGCGUGGAGCUGGCGCCGCGCUCGGCGGAGCCCGGCGCGCUGGUGGCCAAGGUGGUGGCGGUGGACGCGGACGCGGGGCAGAACGCGUGGCUGUCCUACGAGCUGGCCAAGGCGACGGAGCCGGGGCUGUUCCGCGUGGGGCUGCACAGCGGCGAGGUGCGCACGGCGCGCUCGCCGCUGGCCCGCGACGCGCCCAGGCACAGCCUGGUGGUGGUGGUGAAGGACCAGGGCCGGCCGGCGCUGUCGGCCACGGCCACGCUGACGGUGGUGCUGGCCGAGAGCGUGGCCGAGCUGCUGUCGGAGCUGGGCAGCGCGGCGGCGCCGGCCGAGCCCGGCGGCAGCCUGACGCGCUGGCUGGUGCUGGCCGUGGCGGCCGUGUCGUGCCUCUUCGUCGCCUUCCUGCUGCUGCUGCUGGCGCUGCGCCUGCGGCGCUGGCGCCGCUCGCAGCUGCUGCCGCCGGCCAGCGGCGCCUUGCGCGGCGUGCCGGCCUCGCACUUCGUGGGCAUCGACGGCGUCCGCGCCUUCCUGCACUCCUACUCGCACGAGGUGUCGCUCACGGCCGACUCGCGCAAGAGCCAGCGGCGCUGGGCGGCCGACAGCUGCUGCAACACCCUCCCGGCGCGGCCGCCGCCCGACAAGGCCGCGCCGCUGCUCGGGGAAGACGCUGCCGGCGCCCGCGGCGCCCCGCCCGACGCCCUCCCGGUGAGUCAGUCGCUCCGGACACCCCGACGCCCUCCGUCUCGGCGCUUGCCUCCCUUCCUUCUCCUUGCCUUUCCCUCCCCGUUCUCCUUCCCGGCUAUGGACGUUAGCUGCUGAUGAAGGCACAGCUUCGUUCGGCAGUGUAUUGUGAGUGCUUGCCCGUGUCUCAGGGGAGGCAAGUUCGGGCUUUGCUGCCAGCAUUAUACUUUGUGCUGAGUACAGGAUAUGAGAGGUGGCUUUUGCAUGCAUUUUCACUCUGGCUAGGCUUAUCUUAGUUUUACACGUGCCAUCUAGUUGUUUAUUCUGUCCCCUGAUGUUUAUCACGAAGGAUUUCCUUUUUUCCUUCAUUUCUCCUUUUUUUUUCUGAAUCCUUCUUGUUCUCAUUCCUGGGCGGGUAGAUUGGUUUCUCAGCAAUGCUCAGCUUUGUUGUGCAAUGGGUUGUGGAUGGCUGCCCCUUGCUCGAGGGAGUGAAGCACAGUCUCUGCUGCCACCGUUAUCCUUGGUGUGGGAGGCAGAGAUGAGUGGGGCCUUUUACUUGCAACUCUGCUCCAGAGGAACUUUUUUCUCACUUUCCAUAUGGUUGCUCAUUUCUUACACAGUUAUGUAUCGUGCAGGUUUUCCUUUUUCUGCAUCCUGAGUAAGUGUUCACUUUAGGUUAUCAAUAGUUUAAAAUAUAUCACACCAAUAGUCUGUGUGCCUGGUCAGUUGUGUGUGGUUCCCUGCAAACAGAAUCUUAAUGGCCCCAUGUUUCACUUUACUGCUCAUGCCAUAUACUCUACGUAACUUUCGUGUUGCUGCAUGAAGAUUAAUAGAAAUGUAUUUAUAUGCAUCUGUGCUGCUUUUUUUGUUGUUCAUGUGGUGUGAUAAGGGCCUAGUCCUUUUAGGAAGUCUGUUUGGUCAUUAUAGGGAUGAAGAAUUAGAAAAAGACUUGUGGUUGAGAGGUGUUGUGUGUGAAAGGCUGUUGGAGGAAAAAGGAGCGUGUGAGCGUUGGCUUCUCA